AUAAUCGCCCACAAUCCAAUCGAUACGCCGCACGUCAAAGAGACCGGCUUGUUCGUUCAAACGGGCUACCAAUAUCUUUUCCGUAUUAAUAUAGACAACUCCAAGUCUCUCCCUUCGAUACGCACCAUUCCGCCUAAACGUCGCCAAUGUCUCUUCAACAACGAGCUAGAAUUGUAUUACUUCCGGUACUACACGCGCCGCAAUUGUGAGAUGGAAUGUGAUUCCAAGUAUUUUCUACGCCGAUGCAAAUGCAUUCCAUAUCACAUGCCGCUCAUCUAUCAAAAUGCAAGUAUUUGGGAUGUGAAGGAUUUCAAUUGUGAAAGAAUCGCAGAAGCAGAGAUCAAUGACGAGCAGCAUGUGGCCUGCAAACGUAAGUGUCUGCCUGCGUGCUUCCGUUUGGAGUAUUACCCGGAAGUGUAUGGAACACCACUGGCGAAUACUUCGUUUGUCUUCAAAGAUGGCUUCUUUACGAAUUUUACAAAGCAAGAGAUUCAUGAGAAUUUCGCAUUGGUGCAGGUUUAUUUUGCAAAUGAUUUUUUUAGGUCUAAGGUUAGAUCGCCAUAUACCAGCUUUACGGACUAUUUGUCACAAACAGGUGGCAUUUUGGGAUUAAUGGUGGGUUUCGGUGUCAUGUCAGUUCCUGAGUUCUGUUACUUCUUUCUAAUACGGCCGGUAUUUGAUUUCCUGCUGAAUCGUCUGCCCGGUUCCGUGCGGAAAAUGACUGCAAUGCGAAUUCGAAGAGUUUUCGAUGGAAACGCGGUUCUAAUAGGCCGGCGGCAGCCAGUUUCCCAUGCCCGAAUUCCGUUGGCUACAACUCGCAGACCACUCAAGCACUUUAACGGUUAUACUCGUAACAGUCAAAACAUGUUUAGCGGCUUAAAUAAAAAGGCACAAAUGCAAGGUAGUGAUGCUCUGAACAUUCAUCUGGAAGAGAAAGGGUUAUUUCCAUACACCGAAUGA